GACGACGCGAACCACAGCAUACUCAUUCCGAUACUCGUCGAGGUUAGAUCCUCCACAUCCUCCUCCAUCGGUAGCAAACAAACAUUAGACCGACGUCGAAGAGGAAAGCGAGAGAGAUAUUGUCUCGAAGUGAAAGCGAUAUAUUUUUUUUACCAAGUCCCACCAACGGCAACGUGUGUUUAUAUCCGUCAAAAUGGCUUGUGAAUUGGAGCCCGUGUCCCGCACUUACCAGUACAGGAAGGUGAUGAAGCCCAUGCUCGAGAGGAAGCGAAGGGCGCGCAUCAACAAGUGCCUCGACGAACUCAAGGACCUGAUGAUCGCCGCCCUCCAGGCCGAGGGCGAAUCCAUCGCCAAGCUGGAGAAGGCCGACGUCCUGGAGCUGACAGUGACCCACCUGAAGAAGCUGCAGCGUCGCAACCAGCUGGCCAUCCGCCCCAUCCCUUCAGACCAGGACAAGUUCCGUGAGGGCUACAGCCGCUGCGCCUCCGAAGUCUCCCGAUGCCUGGCCUCCGUCCAGGGCGUCGACGUCACCCUCGGCACUAAACUCAUGACUCACCUGGGCCUGUCCCUCACCAACUACGAGAAGAGAGCGCCCCUGACUAUCCUGGUCCCCCAGGCCGAACCUUCCCCCGCCCUUUCGUCAGCAUCCAGUGGGUAUUCCUCCGCCUCGGACAUAUCCCCAGUUCCCUCCACCUCCUCCAGCGGCCGGAGCAGCACGUCCCCAGCUACUAGCAGCUCCCCCUCCUCCAGCAGUAGAGCCCCCAGCAGCAGCAACAGCAGCUCGCCAUCACCACGCCCCCAGGGUCUCCUCACCAUAGCUGCGCCCUCCGGUCCCAUGUGGCGCCCUUGGUAACCAUUCAUCUGCGAGUUCAACCAUAGAAGCAGCGCCUUCCGCCCAAUCGUUCGUCAGGGACACGCCCAAGGACCCUGACGUCACGGACGAGCCGCCAAUGAGGAAGAGCUGUUUCCCCUGUCUUCUGUGAUAGCCCCGCCCCCCCGGGGGAUCUGCUGUGAUAGCCUCCCAGGCGUUGUGAUAAUUCCCACUGUGAUAUUGUUCAGAUUAUCUCAUUUUUAUAUUAUAUAAUAUAAUCACCAGUCCAUACUUCAUCAUCAUUACCAGAGAUAUAUAUAUAAAUAAAAAUCACUUGAACUUA